GUCGGGAGUGGCGGGGGUGUUUGUAGCCCUCCCUUCUCCACCUCCGCCACCCCCGCCCCACAGUGAGAGUCGGGCUCACGCCAUCUUGCCCCCCCCGUCCGCGCCCAGCCACCCUUUCCCUUUAGACACUCUCAGCCCCCUACCCCGCCCCUUUCCAAGCGUGUCCCGGGCCGCCGCCGCAGAAACCGCACCAUCUCUAUCCCCACAUUCUCCACGCGGGACGCGCAGCCAGGUCUACAAGUGUUCUUAGAACAGAGAUGAAUAACACUGCAGCCAGCCCAAUGUCUACUGCCACGUCAAGUAGUGGAAGAAGUACAGGGAAGUCUGUAAGCUUUGCAGCAGAAUUGCAAAGUAUGAUGUUUUCUCUAGGUGAUUCUAGGAGGCCUCUUCACGAAACAGCAGUUUUGGUAGAAGAUGUAGUACACACUCAGUUAAUUAACCUGUUACAGCAAGCUGCUGAAGUUUCUCAGCUUCGGGGAGCAAGGGUAAUCUCUGCUGAAGAUCUUCUGUUUUUGAUACGCAAAGAUAAGAAAAAACUUAGAAGACUGCUAAAAUACAUGUUUUUCCGAGACUACAAAUCAAAGAUUGUCAAAGGCAUUGACGAGGAUGAUCUUCUGGAAGACAAAUUGAGUGGCAGUAAUAAUGCGAACAAAAGACAAAAAAUCGCUCAAGACUUUCUCAACUCCAUUGACCAAACAGGAGAACUCUUGGCAAUGUUUGAAGAUGAUGAAGUUGAUGAAGUUAAACAAGAAAGAAUGGAGAGAGCAGAAAGACAAACUCGAAUUAUGGAUUCAGCUCAAUAUGCAGAAUUCUGUGAAAGUCGACAGUUAAGUUUCUCCAAAAAAGCCUCCAAAUUUCGAGACUGGUUGGACUGCAGCAGUUUGGAGAUAAAGCCCAAUGUUGUCGCUAUGGAAAUUUUAGCAUAUUUAGCAUACGAAACUGUGGCACAGUUAGUGGAUCUGGCUCUUCUUGUGAGGCAGGACAUGGUAACCAAGGCAGGAGACCCCUUCAGCCAUGCCAUUUCUGCCACCUUCAUUCAGUAUCACAGCUCUGCUGAGGGGUCUUGCCUAAGGUCUUACCCAGACUCUCCUGAGAACACACCUCCUCCUACACCGAGCGCUCCAUCAUCUGGAUCACAGCUCUCAGGGAGAACCACAUCAGGAUCCCUAGGGAAUGGGAGUGCUGGACAAGACUUAGCUAAAACCAAACAAAGGAAAAGAAAAAAGAGCACUGCGGCCUGUGGUGGUGAGGCUCACAGCGAUGCCAUCCAGCCCUGCCACAUCAGAGAGGCCGUUCGACGCUACAGCCACAAGAUUGGCCCCCUUUCCCCAUUCACAAGUGCCUACCGCAGGAAUGGGAUGGCUUUUCUGGCCUGCUGAUGUGACUGUGACUGAGACAACAGGAAAGGCAAUGUUAUAUUAAGGUGAUUUCUGUUCCCCUCCUUGGGCAAAAUAAAAUACAAGUUUACCUUCUCCGCAUCCUUGGGAGUGGGUUGGUUUGUUGUGACUAUCAACUGGCUGACUCCAGCCCUUUUCCAGCCCCCUCAACGCUUAGUCUUGUUUACUAGAUGGGCCAUUUGGCCAAUUAAUGGCAGGAUGUUUGGGAUGGUGUGUAGGUGGACAAGAAUGCACAGCACACAAUUUUGAAAUUUUAAUUUGGAAUAGAUUUACUGCUCUCAGCUCACAUAACUUAAAAGCAGUGACUUUUUUUUCCUCAGUGUUUAGUCUGUGUUUUAUUUGAUGCAUUUUGUAAUCCAGGUUUAGGACAAAGGAAACAAAAUUAAUUAAAAGAACAGUCAGUUUUCCCCUUGCACUGUCCCACCAACUCUACCUUCUGACAUUUGAUAUCUAGAUCUACAUGUAUUUUACAGACAAAUGUCCAUCUUAUAAACUCACACUAAUCAAAGACCUAAUUGGCCUGAUGAACUGUCUGUUCCCAUCUUCUCUUCCCUUCACCCCACGUGUAGUAUAUGUGUCAUUUUCAUGGCCUCUUCCCUACUUUCUGAGUAUCUGCCUAUCGUGUGUUUUUCCCCUCGUAGACCCUCUUCCCCAUCUUCAUUUUUCUCCUUCCCCUGUCCCUCCGAUCCCCAGGCCCAGCCCUCACACACAAUGCUGUACCCAUUUAGAAGCAAAGCGGUUAGAAUCAAUGGAUGAGGAGCCAAGUGAUCUGCUUUCUCCCUCCAAAGCACUAACACCUAGACUGAAAUGUGGGCUGGGCAGUUUCUUGCUGGUAGCAGCUGAGUUAUCCUUCUGACAUCUAUACUUUCUCCAAUAAACGAGGAACUGUAAUGAAGCAAACCAAAAUAUAGCAGUUAUAUGCAGUUCUUGAUUGAACUUGAAUUGCAAAGAAGGAAGUUGUUUCUUUAAUUCUUUAUGAGUUUUGUAUAAUUUUACUUUUAUCAUGGUUUCUACACACACUGAGAUAGCCUUUGUAAAGAAUUAAUAAAAACAGAAAUGAGAAGCGUGGAAGAUUUUCCUCCUGUGACCAAAUCACAGUGAGGCUCAGCUAAUGUGAUUGUGCCAUAUUAUUCACAUUUGUUAACUAUCACUUACCUGUUCUAUGUUAGUCCUUCUGGAAAAAAUCUUCAUGUCAAGAACAAAAAAUGCAGAUAUAUAAUAUCAAAAAAUUGCCAAAGGGUUUUGAUGUUCCAUCUGUGCUUGGUGAAAUGUAUGAUUAAACUUUU